CUCUUAAUCGAGGCAUAUUUGCAGGACUCACUGAUUACGUGGACUCUCUCCUAACUUAUAUCACGGAAGUCGUUCCGCUGCAAUAAAAGCACUCUUUCGAAACUUCUGCCACUAUCGCCCACCGCUACCUGGCAAGCUCUGAGGCUCCUCGCCCAACCUCAACACCUUCGGAAAUACGACCUAAUCCUGUCGACAUGAUGCCUCACUUCUCGGUGGAACCCACAAGUGCUCCGUCGAGUCACACAGCGCCCUUUGACGACAUUGACUUGGAACGUCAAUCCACGGCAGUCAACCCAGCUCCGCAUGCAGAACAUCACACUAAGCAUGGGGCAGUCGUCCGCGAUACCAUCAUCGGUUUCGCGGACGGGUUGACAGUGCCGUUCGCCUUGACCGCCGGUUUAUCGAGCAUAGGCUCCGCACGACUGGUGAUUCUCGGUGGCCUUGCGGAGCUCUUCGCUGGCGCAAUAUCUAUGGGCCUCGGUGGAUACCUUGCCGCUGUGACAGAGCGUAAGCACUAUCAAGUCGAGGAAGCACGAGAGAAGAUGGAAGUGAACGAGAAGCCUGAAGCUGAGGAGGAAGAGAUCUACGAGAUCUUUGCCGAAUACAAAAUGAAACGCGAAGUCGUUCGGCCGUUUGUGGAACACCUGAAGACAGAUAAGGAGACUUGGGUCAGAUUCAUGAUGGACUUCGAACUCCGCCUCGAGAAACCAGAAACAUCCCGAGCCUGGAUCUCCGCGGUCGUCAUGGGCCUGUCCUACUUCUUUGGCGGCCUGGUGCCGAUGAUACCCUAUUUCGCACUCCACCAAGUCAAUUACGCGCUAUUCGCUUCCAUUGGGAUCACGGUCGUGAUGUUGUUAUCCUUCGGGUAUGUCAAAGCCAUCUUCACGGGAACGGACAGGAAGACUGCAGUGUGGAGCGCGCUGCAAACUUUGUUCGUGGGAGUUCUUGCAGCGAGCAGCUCGUAUGGAAUUGUCAGGGGCAUCAAUGCGAUUCAUCCCGUGAGCGUAUGAGCGUUUAGGCAUCCUGCGUGAUU